UGGAUUGGAGGUGUCGGACGGAGAGGGAGGGGAAGGGAUGGGGACGGAUGGCAAGGGAGGGGGAGUGAGGGGGAGCUGUCUCCUUCCUCUUGUUUGGGUUUCCAAAGAGGCAGAGGGGGGAGGGAGAUAGACUGAUUCGGACUCCCUUCAACCCCCCUCAAAUCUGCAGAUUUGCAAUCCUCCCGAUUUGGGGGGUUUGGGAGGGAUUUGAGUAGCUGUUUACAUUAAGCUAAAUGUAAUUACAAAAUUAACCUUAAUUUUUUUAUUAUAUCCUUCUCCAUUACAAGCUUAAAGGGUAAAUUUGUAAAUUUAAAAUUAAUUUAAAUCCUUCCCUUUCUUCCCUUCCUUUUACCUUAAUUAUCCAAACAUAAGAUAAUACAAUUCUUCACUUCCCUUCCCCUUCCUCAUUUUUAUUUAUCCAAACAAAAUUAACACAAAUCAUUUCCUUCUAUUUUCUUCCCUUCCCUUUCUUUUCCUCCCCCUCCAUUUCCUUUUAUUUUCCUCCAUUCCCCUCCCUUCCCUUCCCUUUACUAUUUUCUAUCCAAACAAGGCGUAAGGGUUGAUCCAUUAGUAAAUAGGGAUCCUAAAUCUAAUCACUUCAACGGAUGGGGAACGAAGGACACAGCGGAGUGAAUCUAUGCCAUCUUUGGGUGAUGCUGCACCACAAACAUGGGGAGCUGGGCCGAGCGUUCCACAGCAUGAUAAAGUCGGAAUUCAGCCACCGCAGCAACAACUAAAGAGAAAACCUGGGGAAAUUGUGGAACCAGGUCUGCGUGACAAAAAGGAAAACGCAACGAUAAAGCAUAUAGGGAAAAAAUGAAGCAAGAAAAACUGACAAUCAAGGACGAGCGGGCUAAACUCGCCGCUGAAUGUGAACGACUAAUAUAAAGUUUAUAUUAUU